CCGGGUCCUUUUGUAUUUAUUACAAUCCGGUGUUCAUUUUUUGGACUCUUUUCUUUUUUCUUCUUCAUCUGUUUAUUCUUGUACCAGUACUAAUACUGUACUUUGGCACACCAAAGUGUAUUACUGCCCAUGGCCAUGUAUAACGCUUGGUGUAAAGCUCUUCAAUCUGUCUAAAGUUGGAGUCUUCAUAGAGGGAGAGAGUCUACUGUGCCUACAUUGUUAAUGAAAGUUGAGAUCUCGGUGAGAAAAAUUCUGCAAUUUUCUCUUUCUUUAGAUCUCUUAAUGGGCCCAGCUAUGUUGCAGUUCCGUUUCAGAUAAUCAAUGCUUGGGCUUAUUUUGCGUGAAGCAGUCCCUUGUAGCUGCGAGUUUCCAGAUUCUGGCCUAACAUCUGGUAAAGAGUGCUGGGUUGCUGAACUCAUUUUUAGAUUUUUGAAUGUGAACGAUUUCUCUUUUUUGUGUCUGAAGGAGUAAAUGCUCUUUGCCUCGAAGAAAAGGGUUGCUGGGUCUGUUUUCUUUUUUGCUGUUAAACGGUGCUGAUUUAUAUAGCUUCAAAGUUGAAAGCUUUACUUCUGUGGAAGAUUCAGUUUGUCCCAAGUUGCUGUUUUUGGUUCUAUAUCUCGUUAAGCUUUACAUGUUUUAAAAACCAUUUGGGUUUGUUGAAUAUAGAAAUCCCUCUCUUAUUUCCUUGGGAUAACUGUAUCUAUUACUAGGUUGGAGCCACUUGCUGGGUGAAUAUGAAGCUCUUUAGGCUUUUAGUGUUAUCCCUAUUUUUCCUUUCUUCCAUGGGCCAGCUUCCUUCACAGGACAUUUUGGCAUUGCUUGAGUUCAAGAAGGGUAUCAAGCAUGACCCUACUGGAUAUGUACUUCAAUCAUGGAAUGAGGAGUCCAUUGAUUUUGAUGGCUGCCCUUCUUCUUGGAAUGGUAUUGUUUGUAAUGGUGGAAAUGUUGCUGGUGUUAUCCUCGAUAACUUAGGUCUCUCUGCUGAUGCUGACUUGAGUGUGUUUGCAAACCUCACAAAGCUUGUCAAACUCUCUAUGGCAAACAACUCUAUGACUGGCAAGAUUCCUGACAAUAUAGGUGACUUCAAAAGCCUUGAGUUCUUGGAUGUGUCUAACAAUCUUUUUUCAUCAUCUUUACCAACAGGAUUUGGUAAAUUAGUGAGCUUAAAUAAUCUCUCAUUGGCUGGGAACAACUUCUCUGGCUCGAUUCCAGAUUCAAUUUCAGGGCUCAUAUCAAUUCAAUCUUUGGACUUGAGCCGCAACUCCUUUUCUGGGUCAUUACCAGUGUCAUUGACAAGGCUUAAUAACCUGAGAUAUUUAAACGCAUCUUCUAAUGGAUUCACUAGGAGAAUACCAAAGGGGUUUGAGCUGAUCUCGGGUCUACAAAUACUUGACUUGCGUGACAAUAUGUUUGAUGGUCAUCUGGAUGGGGAGUUUUUCCUUCUAACUAAUGUAAGUUAUGUUGAUUUUAGUUUGAAUAUGCUGGUGAGCUCUAGUCCAGAAAAAAUACUGCCGGGUAUUUCUGAGAGCAUUAAGCACUUAAAUCUAAGCCACAACCAGCUCACUGGAUCAUUGAUAAGUGGAGGUGAGCUGCAGUUGUUUAGAAGCUUGGAGGUAUUGGAUUUGAGCUACAAUCAGCUGUCAGGAGACUUGCCUGGAUUUGAUUUUGCUUAUUAUCUUCAGGUCCUUAGGCUCAGUAACAACAAGUUCUCUGGGUUUAUUCCUAAUGACCUGUUGAAAGGAGACUCGUUACUUUUAACUGAACUAGAUUUGAGUGCCAACAAUCUCUCAGGACCAAUAAGUAUGAUUAUGUCCACCACUCUGCAUAUCCUCAAUGUCUCCUCAAAUGGCCUUGUAGGUGAACUUCCUUUGGUGACAGGAAGCUGUACUGUGCUCGAUCUAUCAAACAACCAAUUUGAAGGAAAUUUAACAAAAAUUGCUAAGUGGGGUAACAUUAAUUACCUUGAUCUCAGCCAAAAUCGUUUGACAGGAUCAUUUCCUGAAGUACUUCCCCAAUUUCUACGUUUGAAUUAUCUCAACCUCUCUCAUAACUCUCUCACUAGCUCCCUCCCAAAAGCUAUUGCUCAGUAUCCAAAACUUAGAGUCCUAGAUCUCAGUUCCAACCAGUUAGAUGGACCUCUUUUGACUGAUUUAUUAACCUUGCCUACUUUGCAAGAACUCCAUCUUCAAAAUAAUUUACUCAAUGGUGCUAUUGAAUUCUCUCCUCCUUCUAAUAGUGAAUCUAAUCUUCAAGUUAUUGAUCUUUCACAUAACAAACUUAAUGGCUAUUUUCCUGAUCGGUUUGGUUCACUGACUGGACUUCAAGCUCUUAAUCUUGCUGGGAAUAAUUUAUCUGGUUCUUUGCCAACUUCCAUGGAUGGUAUGACAUCACUAAACUCAGUAGAUUUGUCCCAAAAUCAUUUCACAGGUCCUUUACCAAGCAACUUGUCUAACAGCCUUGGAAGCUUUAAUGUUUCAUACAAUGAUCUUUCUGGGGUUGUCCCAGAAAGCCUGAGGAGGUUUCCUAGUUCCUCUUUCUAUCCUGGAAAUAACAGAUUACGCCUUCCUAGCAGUCCUGGUACAAACAAUUCUCCAGCUGAAAAUGCUAGGAGGAAACCAAUCAACACUAUUGUGAAGGUGGUGGUGAUUGUCUCAUGUAUAAUUGCAGUUAUCAUUCUCAUCAUGCUUGCUAUUUUCAUACAUUACAUUCGCAUAUCAAGAAGAACUCCAGCAAACCAUGUCACUAGUAAAGGUACCCAUAGACGUGCUCCAACCAACCCUUCUGGUAUUAGUGGGACAGACAGUGGUGGUGCCUUGGUUGUUUCAGCGGAGGAUCUUGUGGCAUCACGGAAAGGAUCAUCAUCUGAGAUUCUCAGUCCUGAUGAGAAAAUGGCUGCUGUAACCAGGUUCUCACCAUCCAAGCACAGUCAUUUGUCUUGGUCACCAGAAUCUGGGGAUUCAUUUACUGCCGACACGCUUGCAAGACUGGAUGUAAGGUCACCUGAUCGAUUGGUUGGAGAGCUUUAUUUUCUUGAUGAUACAAUCACAUUGACACCUGAGGAGCUUUCACGGGCCCCAGCAGAAGUCUUGGGGAGGAGCAGUCAUGGGACUUCAUACAGGGCAACACUGGAUAAUGGGAUGUUCUUGACGGUAAAGUGGCUAAGAGAAGGGGUGGCAAAACAGAAAAAGGAGUUUGCUAAGGAAGCUAAAAAGUUUGCAAACAUCAGACAUCCAAAUGUGGUGGGUUUGAGAGGAUACUACUGGGGACCCACUCAACAUGAGAAACUCAUUCUGUCAGAUUAUAUUUCACCUGGAAGUCUUGCAAGCUUUCUUUAUGAUCGACCAGGAAGAAAAGGCCCGCCAUUAACCUGGGUACAGAGGCUCAAAAUAGGAGUUGAUAUUGCACGUGGCCUGAACUAUCUCCAUUUUGACCGUGCUGUUCCACAUGGUAACCUUAAAGCAUCAAACAUACUGCUAGAUGGACCUGAUCUCAAUGCACGCAUUGCUGAUUACUGCCUUCACAGACUAAUGACUCAAGCAGGCACCAUUGAACAGAUACUUGAUGCUGGAGUCUUAGGUUAUCGUGCACCGGAGUUGGCUGCUUCCAAGAAACCACUUCCUUCAUUCAAGUCAGAUGUUUAUGCUUUUGGAGUAAUAUUAUUGGAACUUUUAACUGGCAGGUGUGCUGGUGAUGUUAUUUCUGGGGAAGAUGGAGGAGUUGACUUGACUGAUUGGGUACGGUUAAGGGUGACAGACGGUCGUGGCUCUGAUUGCUUUGAUCCUGCAUUGAUGCCAGAUAUGGCAAAUCCUGCAGUCGAAAAGGGAACGAAGGAGGUUCUUGGACUAGCAUUAAGAUGCAUAAGAUCUGUCUCUGAGAGGCCAGGUAUCAAGACUAUAUAUGAAGAUCUUUCAUCCAUUUAGCUUGGAAGUAGAAUCUUUUGGUUGAACUUGAAGUUUUUCCUUCUCUCUUUGUGGUUAAAUAUCUCAUUGGCCCCUUUUUUUGAAUCUUUAAUUUCAGCAUUUUUAGGGUUGUUAGCUAAUUGUAUCAAUCGUUGCUGUAAAGAAAAGCAUAUUUUCAAUGGAUACAAUAUUUUCAGAUUUUAGCUUGCAGUGGCAUUCAGUUGAAAAA